UUUACUUGGUGGUUUGUACCUCCAUCGAAGCUUUGGACCUCUGUUAGCAGUCUAGCCACAGCAAUAUUGGUCGUUGCUCUUGCUGCGGCGCGAUUACAUGCGAUGCGUACACGAUCUCCAUUUACGUAUGCACGUUAUCGAGACGAUUCAAUUGAGCUACGAUGUGCUGGAAUUGGAGUAGUAUCGGGGAAGAACGAAACCCUAGGCGGUUCAUUUGAAUGCGAGGAGGACAUUGUUGGUGAAUUUCAAAUGCGUUACUCGUUGCAGUGUUCCUGCGGCUGCCAAUCUUAUUGAAAUGGAAUGACUUCGCUCUGAGAAGUAAUUGGAAGGAAGGUUUUUUAAGGUGGAGGAUCAUCUAUCGCCUUCUGUGACGUUUCCUUCUUCUUGGGUACUAUGUGAUUUAUCUUUGCGGAGCCUAGGUGAUAUUCUUAACGCUCUGAAUACUAUCGAGAUGAGCAGAAUGGCCUAUGGCGUGCUUUCACAAAAAACUCGUUAACAUUAUUUUCACGCAUAAACAGAAGUGGAGCGGUACACAACAUAGAAAGAAAUUAUCGUUUUUCCUCAAAUAUUUCUCAAGGUGGUAGGAACGGUUGUUUGUUAAAAAUAUGGAAGUAGAAGGAACCGUUAGUAAGGUCUCUGAUACUAGCACUGUCCCUUCCGCAACAUCCCCGGCGCCGAACGGAUCGACUCCCGGCACCCCCGAGACAUCCAGUACGUUGACUCAGAAGGAAAUUCUGCGAGAGCGGUAUCUCAAGGGCGUCAAAAAACGGAAAUGCGCAGUGUGUGGCAACACCGCAAGAGCCAGGUGCCCUUUCCGAGCAUGCAAGACAUGUUGUAAUAAAAUGAAGAAUGUAUGCGAAGUUCAUGCAAAUAAACCUAAGCAGGCUUUGACUCCACCUGCUUUAGAUCCUCAUGGUCCUCAGUGGACUGGUAAUGUGAAUGCUAUGCCUUACGGGUCCCCAUACGUCAAACCUCCGUACAUGUCACCAGCUGCUUAUAAUGCCGCUCAAGCGGGAAUUGCUGCUUUUAGAGUCGGCCACUCACCCCCUCAGUCACGACUGUUGGCUCCUGGACAAUACACAGCACAGAAUGCCCGUCCUUACAUGGCUUCUCAGAGCACUUUAGAGCAGCAAGAGCUCCAAAGACUGAAAAAUUUGAAAACAGCUAUACUAGCAGCAAAUCGGGAAGCGCAAAUCACCAACACCUGGAGGACGCAAAAAAUGAGGGAAUUUUUGGAUGGUGAACUUUUGUCUGAAGAUGAGGCAUUUGAUCGAUACAUGUUUAAUAUGGCACUUCUUGAGGAAGUUUUUCUUCCCAAAACAACAGCACCAACAGGGCUAUCCCCACAUGGAGAGCUCUUGGUUGGAGGAUGCGAAGCAUUAAAUGACGAAAAGGAUGUUUCUGAUACUUUGAUGGUUGUGGAUGGGUUGCGUUUACAGAGGGGAAUGAAUGCAACUAGGAAAGAGGAAAGUCGAUCUCGUUUGAAAGUUAUUAUUGAUAGAAGUUUACAGGCGCUCAAGAGAGGGCAACAAGAAGCGGAUGAUUUUGCAGAGGAAGAAGAUUGCAUGCAGAGAUUGCUAUACGGACGUCGAAGAGACUUAAAGCGAUUCAAGGCAACCACUAAGAAGGGAAAGGAUUGUCUUAAACGAAUCGACCUGUUUGAUUCAUUACUUCAGAAAACCAGCCAAAUACACAGUAGAGCUGAUAUAGAAUCUUGUGGGGAAAUGUAUAGACAGAACUUUGGGCGGGGUCUUGAUGUACUUCUACCUCAUCUCUCGAGAAAUAUUCAGAAUCUACUCGGUGGUCAGAUCCGUGACGCCAGUGGAGUAACAGCAACUCUUUCAGUGGCACCAAAUAGAGGAGACAUCUCCAAGGAAACAUCAACGUCAAUGGACUCUCAAGCAAUCCCCUCUGCAGACGAAUGUGGAGAUGAUGGAAAAGCUGAGUUGCAAAACUUAGGAAAACCCGUUCUAGAAGUCGAGGUCAGAGGUGUUAAAGAGCAGAAUUCGUACAGAAUUCAAGAGAGAAGUAGUCUUCAAACCAAUUGGAAAGGAGUGAACGCAGAUGCAAGUAGUAGCACAUCAAAAGCUGAAGAGUGGCCUAGAUUACAUCAAGGCUUUCUUGCUGGUCAUGGGUGGUGGAAAGUAGAGGUGGAUGAGCAGAGUGCCCAGAAAAUCUGUCAAUAUCUAAUUUCAAACCAAGCUGUAGAGGCUUUGUGAAUUUCGGUAAAUGCACCUGGCUUAACCAUUUCAAACAGUCUCAAAGUGGACACCAUCUUCCAUAUA